GCACGUCUUCCUCUCCACAGUCGACAGCGAGAAGCCGAAGAAGGAAAGAUGCCGGCCCAGCUCAAAGACGAUCUCGACCUCCUCAUGGGGAAACUCGGCGAGUUCGGGAAGUACCAGUGCAUCCAGUUCCUCCUGCACUUGCUCGCCGCCCUCACGGCCGGUGUCCACAUGCUGUCCCUGGUCACAGUCGCCGCAGUCCCUGAACACAGAUGUGCGAUUCCCGAUUUGGCGGAUGGGACAGCUAUGUGGAAUGCAACAGAAGUGCACCGUUGGAUUCCACAAACGGCGCAAGGUGUUUUUGACUCUUGCACUAUAAGAAAUCCAUUGACGAAUGUUACAAGUCUCUGCGACCAAUGGGUUUUCAGCGACAUGUAUUACAAAACUUCCAGAGCGAUUGAGUGGGAGUUUGUCUGUGCCCAAAGGUGGAAGGGCGCAGUCUCCCAGUCUGCGUAUAUGUUUGGUGUAUUUUUUGGCGCAGUGACACUCGGAUCUCUCGCUGAUUCGUAUGGGAGAAAAACAAUUUUCUAUAUAUCCGCCAUCCUUCAACUUUUCUUCGGUGUGUCUGUGGCUUUUGUGACCAAUUUCUACGUGUUUCUUGUCAACUCUUUCUUCUACGGCAUGUUCGGCUCUGCUGGUUCUUACAUCACAGCUUUUGUACUUUCUAUGGAAUUGGUCGGCCCUACAAAAAGAACCAUCUGCGGUAUAACUUUCCAAGCAACAUUCGCAGUCGGUAUCAUGUUGGUAGCAUUUUGGGGCUAUUUAAUUUCAAAUUAUGUCACUUUACAAAUGGUCUAUGGUCUCCACAGCUUACUCCUAAUUGGCCACUGGUGGCUGAUGGAUGAAUCUCCAAGAUGGCUUUGGUCGAGGGGUAAAAUAUCUCAAAGUGUGGACAUCGUGGCAAAGGCGGUGAAGAUGAACACCGGCGAGACUAUAGAAAAAUCUUAUUUCAUCUCAAGAGGAAAAGCAAAAUCACACCAGUCCAAGUUAGAAACUGCUGGCUUAAGAGAUAUGUUCAGAAAACCAUUCAUGAGAAAGAAAACAUUGAAUCUCUCCCUCAACUGGUUUGCCAACAGUCUAGCGUACUACAGCCUUUCACUGAAUGUAGGAGUGCUUGAAGGAAAUCCUUUCUUGAUCCUGUUUGUGAUGGGUCUCAUAGAAAUCCCCGGAUAUCUUUUAACCAUGUAUUUACUGGAUAAAACUGGAAGGCGGUGUUCUAUCUGUUCAUUUAUGAUCAUUGGGGCUACAGCUUGUCUAAUAACUGCUGUCUUACCUUCUGAUUGGAGUUUUUUUGCAACAUGUGUGGUCUUUGCUGGAAAGUUCUGUAUAGCAUGUUCCUUCGCAAUUAUUUAUAAUUACAGCGCAGAAAUUUUUCCCACAGUGCUUAGAAACACUGGCCUUGGAUUUGGCAGCAUGUGUGCAAGGUUUAGCGCAACUUUGACACCGCUUAUAACUCUUUUAGAUUCUUUCGACAAAAGGGUCCCGACUGUUGUGUUCGCAUCUGUGACGCUCCUAUCAGGAUUUUUGACAAUGUUCUUGCCUGAAACGUUAGGCCAACCGAUGCCGCAGUCCCUCCAGGACGGUGAGACGUUCGGCAAAGGCGACACGGUCUUCACGACAGGCUGCCUACCGAUGUUCAAGAAAAGCAAGAGCGAUGAUGAAGUCGAGAUAAAGUUAAACGCUCAACCCUAAUCGAGAGGCCGGGAACUCUUUUGUCCUUGUGUUCAAAAUCCCCUUCAGUGCUGCUGUGAUAAUAUCUGUGUUAUAUACUCCAAUAAUUGUUAAUAUGAAUAAUAAAAGUUAUAUUAAUUUUACUAUUAUUAAAUUUUCAUGGAAAACUAAUAUUUUUCUCAGUUAGAAUCCUGAGAAGUUUUAUUUUUAAUUUUAUUUACAAUUUUGGAUGGGAAAUCUCACAAUUUUUUGAAAAGGUGUUUUUAGUUUUCAAGAAAGAUAUAUUUUAUGUUAUAAAGUGUUUUCUUUUUUUGUUUUUACUAAAUAGCAAACGACA